CCGCGCUCACAGCAACACAGCCACUGCAAGCGUCAUGGUGCUUUCGUGGAAAGUGGUAUCCCUUCUUAUUGGGGCUAUUUCGGCUCAAUGGCGACACGGUGGCGGCGGCGCCUAUGCUGCGGUGCUAUCAUCAUAUCCGGGAUAUUGCGCCAAGGACAUGGACCUGAAUUCAAUUCCAUCCCUGGACGAAAGCGUCCAAGCUUCGUUCGGUGGCGGUGUGUCGCUGGAUGAUGUCGAGCUACUACAGGUGCACGCAAUGAUCAGACACGGAGCUCGCGGACCUUUCACCCAACCGCGGUGCUGGGAAGGGUACGCCGAGAGUUGGGACUGCAACGUCACUGAGGUGGUGUCUCCCAGCCUGUCUGCCGACCACGGGGGCGUUGGUGCGACAGGCCUCUUCCGGAAGCUGUACGACGCAUACCCUUCGGACAACGCGCUCAGUGGCACCUGCAUGGUGGGGCAGCUGCUGGACGAAGGAUAUGAACAGGAGCAGGCGAACGGCCGGCACCUUCGAGACGCCUACCUGUGCGGAAACCCGUCCUGCCUGGCGGCCGCGAACGCCACCGCUAAGGACCUACAGGACAGCGGGGCUCUCUACCUCCGCAGCGACGACGAGCAGAGGACAGUCAUGUCGGGGCAGAUACUGACCGCCAGCAUGCUGAACGUGUCUGGCGCGGUGUUAGACUGGCACACAGGGGACGACCAGUACGACUACCUGGAGCCAAACUUGGAGACUUGCCCUCGUCUUGUGGAGCUGUCGGGGGAGGCUCUUAACGACCCUUCCUGGACAGAAGUCACGAACUCGUGGGAGAACACGGCGCUGAACGUGUCCAUGACGAGCAUAUGGGAGCAGGAGGUUGUCUGGUGGGAUGUGCUGGACUGUCUUAUGACGACUGCGUGUACGGGAAGGGAACUGCCGGAAGAGCUAUCGGAUGAGCUCUUUGCAGCGGCGGUCGACUUCUCGACGCAGAAAAUGGUUCAAGAAGCCUCCUUCAACGACGCUGCGUACGGAAAGCUCGCCAUGGCAAAGCUUACGAGAGAGAUCCGGGAGCGAAUGGCCGCGGCCAUGAACGGCACAUCUCCGCUCAAGUUCGUCCUCCUUUCGGGGCACGACACGACCUUCAUCCCCUUCAUGGCUGCCGUGGCACCGUUGGCGUGGGACGGAACCUGGCCUCGCUACGCCACCCUCGCCUCGAUCGAGCUGUUGCGCAUAGGUGGUGGCGGUAGCGAGAGCGGAGAGUUCUACUUCCGGUUUGUGUACAACGGGCAGGUCCUGAGGCUGGAAGGGUGCGACCAGGACAUUUGCGCGAUAGAAGCUUUCCUAGACGCCACGCAGUUCUCGGUGGACAUCCAGGACGAUACGGACCACUGCUGCUGCAGAAACAUGACCCAGGCAUCCGUCGACAAUUACGAACAAGGCAGAGAAGACGGCGCCGCGGCCGCCGCGGAGACGCCGACUCCCACUGUUCUCGAGAAUACCGUCGCGGAGUCGGCGUUAGCCCCGGGCUCGAGCAAUAACGGGUCCGGCUUGGUGUCUGGGGGGGGCACCACCGCCACCUCGGGGGAGGGUGAUGGGAGCGAUGCGCCGGCGGCGGCGGCUGGUGGGGCUGUGGGUAUCGCGUUCGCUUGCUUCGUGAUCGGGGCGAUUUUCGGGGGCGUGCCGGCGCUCAUGUACUUCCGGAGCUUCAGAUAUGAGCAGAUGAGAGGCGGGGGGCACAGCUACGAGAUGGCUUAAAACAACACCUGCUGCUUCGCCUCCGAUCGAUUGAUUUACUUGUACGUAUAUUUCAUGUGAAUUGUUUUGUCAUCCGUUGUAUUCAAGUUCAUGUACGUGGGGCGUUUGGGAAGUUGUGGGUUCGCAGCUAUUGCAGACUAUAGUAGAGGUCCCGGUUAAGUGCCGGUUGAAUGGUGCCGGUGCUUUCGUGGGACACACCCUGAAUUUCCGAGCCAUUCUCAAUACUUUUGAUUGUUCCGGUCCGGUACAAUAUCCUAUGUGACCCCGGUUGGCUCGUCUAGCUGGUAGAAGUGGAGGAUAGGGGCCAGAGGGGAAGACGACAGAGUCCAAUGAUGGGAGGGAAAAAAUAUAUAUAUAUAUUUAUAUAUAUGCUGCCGGUGAGUCUUUUUGGCACAUACAUACAACCGGUCGCCCUGGUCUAGUUGGCACGUCAUGGGUUCGAGUCCCGGCAGCGUGAGUUUUUUCUCACUAAAUAUAUCCCUGUCUAGGAUGCAAGCGACGCGCUGCAAAGCUCGUUGUUAGUAAACCAAAGUCGACUUCGUACGUCGCGAGGAAAGGGAUAGCUGUACCCUUCUCGCGAUAAAAUUAUCUCAGGCAGGAACCGCAGGAGGGGUUCCAACCCCCCCCUCCUGUGUGACCCCGGUUGGGUCGUCUAGCUAGUAGAAGUGGAGGAUAGGGACCAGAGGGGCAGACGACAGAGUCCAAUGAUGGGAGAAAAAAAAAUAACGGCCCUUGACAGGGACCUCCACUGUAGCAGCAAACGGACGACGGGGCUUGCUCCGAUGCGGUCGGUCCUGACGCAGCUCUUGCGUAGCGUUUGGCUGUUAGACACGAGCUUGUCUUUCCGGUGUUAUUUUUGGUGUAGUUUCCAUCCGUCUGUGCUGCCCGCUACAUGCGUGUGUCCGUCGUCCUUUGUUGGGCCGUGUCGUGCGGUCUGUUUUUUUUUCAUGUGUGUUUUUUUUCUAUAUACGCGCGUCCACAUUUGUUCCACUUGUAGAAAUGGACCUUGCGGUGGUGUGUAUGGCUGUUUGACUACUAUAGUCCUGUAGGUGAGGCCUUGUUGGUCGCAGUGCUUUCGGCAUCCGAUAUUGUUGUACCCUAAAAGCGCGUCUAUACCUGUUGUAGCGGAUCGCGGUUGUGCAUCGUACCGCUCAUAAUUUUACCACUCUCUCGUCAGCCUGAUGUCGAUUGUUUGGUUUUGGGAACACGGGAGUAGUAGCGCGUGUCCGCCUGUUUGCUGUGUGUUUGGCGCGUUUGGUGUUGCCGAACGCUCGACACGGCGGUAGAAACUACGGAGGGAUGAAAGCGGGUGAUCAUUGUCGCGGUAAGCCUACAGACCGGCCGGUGUGCCAGUGCCAAUUCGAUUCGGUACUUGCUUCUCCUUGUGUGAAUCGAAAUUGGAUAAGAGAUGUCCGAUUAUGCGAUUGUUUCUCGUCUCGUUCUCGCAAGCUUAUGUUGUUUGACGAAUGCUCCUUGCCUUUUAUUUUAGGCCUUUUUUUCGGUGAAUGUGUGUGCUUUGUCCACGCCGAGAGUAGUUUCUCGUAUGCACACGUAUGGAGCGAGUGGGAAAAGCAUGCUGGAAACGGGUCCUCGAUCAAGGUGCGACCUAUAUUUUGUUGCAAGGAAACCGCCGAUAGACUGAAGUGUUUCGUCAAACCUCCAAGCUAUGGUUAAAGUUGGCUAGAGUGAUUUUGAUGGGAAAGCUAUCAUGGGGAACGUCUGGUUUUCCUCACUACUUUGUCGUGAGAACUGCUGUAAUUAGCUUGACAUAAAAACGCGAGGCUGUCCGCUUCUUCCUGG